GGUGCAGCGCACUCGUUUUCAUGGCGCGUCAAAAGUCCUGAGUUGGUGUUGAUUUUGCUGCUUUCUUCUGAAUUUGCAUGUUAUCUAUCUCAAUAACUUACAAUGAGCUUGUUUGGUACAAGUUCUGGAUUUGGGGCUGGAGGCACAGGUGUUUUUGGCAACACCACGACAGACAGUCAUAAUCCAAUGAAGGAUGUUGAAGUGACGUCCCCACCCGAUGACAGCAUAAGCUGCUUGGCCUUUAGCCCUCCAACGUUGCCUGGAAACUUCUUGAUUGGUGGCUCUUGGGCCAAUGACGUGAGAUGCUGGGAGGUUCAGGAUAACGGCCAGACGGUCCCUAAAGCUCAGCAGAUGCACACGGGCCCUGUGCUGGAUGUCUGCUGGAGUGAUGAUGGAGGUAAAGUCUUUACAGCCUCCUGUGACAAAACUGCUAAGAUGUGGGAUCUGAACAGCAACCAGGCCAUGCAGAUAGCACAACAUGAAGGUCCAAUCAGGACAAUCCACUGGAUAAAAGCCCCAAACUACAGCUGUGUCAUGACGGGUAGUUGGGACAAGACACUGAAAUUUUGGGACACUCGCUCUCCAAACCCCAUGAUGUCCCUGCAGAUGCCAGAGAGAUGUUACUGUGCUGAUGUGGUGUAUCCUAUGGCUGCGGUGGCCACUGCAGAACGAGGGCUAAUUGUGUACCAGCUGGAGAAUCAGCCAUCUGAGUUCCGGCGUAUAGAUUCACCUCUGAAACAUCAGCACCGCUGUGUGGCCAUCUUUAAGGACAAACAAAAUAAACCUACUGGAUUUGCACUGGGCAGUAUUGAGGGGCGAGUGGCCAUUCACUACAUUAACCCACCCAAUCCCGCCAAGGAUAAUUUCACCUUCAAGUGCCAUAGAUCUAAUGGAACAAACACCACCACACCCCAGGAUAUUUACGCUGUCAAUGCCAUUGCUUUCCAUCCCGUGCACGGCACGUUGGCCACGGUGGGCUCUGAUGGUCGCUUCAGUUUCUGGGACAAGGAUGCUCGCACGAAGCUGAAAACCUCUGAGCAGCUUGAUCAGCCAAUCACAGCUUGCUGUUUUAACAACAACGGCAACAUCUUUGCCUACAGCUCCAGCUAUGAUUGGUCCAAGGGACAUGAGUACUACAACCCCCAGAAGAAGAACUACAUUUUUCUGCGAAAUGCCGCUGAGGAACUCAAGCCUCGAAACAAGAAAUGAUCCUGUCAAGCUGUUGCAUCUCGGAAGACCUGCUUUAGCAUGUAAAUAUGGGGGAAAUUGAGAGACCGUCUUAUGGCCAACAUCUGGACCAAUGACAUGGCAUUGCAUACAUUGUAUGGACCAAUCAGAAAGGGCCAGCUACUCCUACACGAUGGUGAUGACAGCAAAUUGCUUUUGCCCUGCACGAGAGAAGCCAUGUUUUAGUGUUCUUGGUGUAUGUGAUUGUUUUUUGCUGUCUUUCAUAACUGCAGCUUUUUUAUUUCUUUUUUUUCACGGUUCCACCACUUCUUUGCUGUCAUAACAUGGUGUAGAUUGAAAUACUAAUAAAUGUUUCAAGGACUCUG